GCUUCGGCUGCCGGUACGUGCGUAUUGUGGUGUUUUGUGGCGUUACGCCGCGUUCUCGGUCGCGGGUGUGCGUGCUCUGUUUCGUGAGAGAAAAGGAUUUGCGGUGAGGAGGCUUACCAUUGGGAAUCAGUCGGGUGGGCGAGAAACGUGAGACGCGAAAUAACGUGAGCCGGGAGCAGUCAUGCGGCGAAACGUCAAGAUCGCAUUGCUCGUGUCAUGCGCGUGGAUGUUCGCCUUUGUUUACUACUACCACACGUCCAGAGAUACCAAGCAGAACGAAAAUAGAGCCCUACGGCUGAAAGAACCCGCGUCCCUGGCACUGUCCGCCGGCGGAAAUUCCGGCGGCUACGUCGAUCCAGACGACACGGCCAUUGUAAUGUCAUCCGAGCUGCUGCUAGCGCCGACCCCGGAUCCGAGAGUGACGUGGAAUUACUUCGACGAGCAGGGGUAUGUUUCGAGAGGCGGCUUGCGAGCGGGCGAGGACCCAUACGCGAGGAAUAAAUUCAAUCAGGAAGCCUCCGACGGUCUUCCGAGCAAUCGUGACAUACCCGAUACACGCAGCGCCAUGUGUAGGAUGAAACAAUGGAGACAGGAUCUGCCACCGACUUCCGUUAUAAUUACUUUCCACAAUGAAGCGCGGUCUACGCUACUCAGAACCGUCGUCAGUGUGCUGAAUAGAAGCCCCGAACAUCUGAUCAAGGAAAUCAUUUUAGUGGAUGAUUUCAGCGACCAUCCCGAGGAUGGCGAAGAGUUAUCGCGAAUCCACAAGGUCCGCGUAAUCAGAAACGAGAAGAGGGAGGGUUUGAUGAGAUCGCGUGUUCGCGGCGCGGAUGCAGCUACUGCGAGUGUACUGACAUUUUUGGACUCGCACUGCGAGUGCAACGCGGACUGGCUCGAACCUCUCUUAGAAAGAGUGACCGAAGAUCCAUCGAGGGUGGUGUGUCCUGUAAUCGAUGUAAUCAGCAUGGAUACUUUCCAAUAUAUCGGAGCUUCCGCUGAUCUCAGAGGUGGUUUCGAUUGGAGUUUGGUCUUUAAAUGGGAGUAUCUCAGUCAGGCAGAACGACAAGCGAGACAAAAGGACCCGACACAAGCCAUUAGGACCCCUAUGAUUGCCGGCGGACUGUUUGUCAUCAACAAAGCGUACUUUGAAAAACUCGGCAAAUACGAUACUCAGAUGGACGUUUGGGGCGGUGAAAAUCUCGAAAUAUCGUUCCGCGUGUGGCAAUGCGGUGGCAGCUUGGAGAUUAUCCCUUGCUCACGUGUGGGCCAUGUAUUCCGUAAACGUCAUCCUUACUCGUUCCCUGGAGGCAGCGGAAACGUGUUCGCUCGAAACACGAGGCGCGCCGCCGAAGUAUGGAUGGACAACUACAAGCAGUUCUACUACAACGCCGUGCCGCUGGCACGAAACAUCCCUUACGGAAAUAUUCAAGAUAGGAUGGAGCUGAAACGUAAACUACAUUGCAAGCCUUUCAGUUGGUAUCUGAAAAAUGUGUAUCCCGAACUAGUUAUACCUACGAGCGAGGGUGGUCCAGGAGGAUCUCUGAAACAGGGCACCGCCUGUUUGGACAGCAUGGGCCACCUUCUCGACGGGAACGUGGGUCUUUAUCCUUGUCACGACACCGGCGGUAACCAGGAGUGGGGUCUCACAAAGGACGGCCUAAUCAAGCACCACGAUCUCUGCCUGACUCUGCCGGUGUACGCCAAGGGUACGACGCUGCUGAUGCAGAUCUGCGACGGCAGCGAGAAUCAGAAGUGGCGGCACUUGGAAGGCGGCCUGAUACGCCACACCAGGAUCCCCGUGUGCGUGGAUUCGCGAUAUCACGCGCAGCGCGGCAUCACGGCGGAGAAGUGCGACUCGAAUGCGGAAACGCAGAGGUGGCAUCUCUACAACCACAAUCACUAGCUGAUAUGGUUGCGGUGAACGCACUAUUUAGUCGCGGACUCUCAUUCAUCGCCACGACGCGUUACGACGCGAUCACAGUCACUCUAUAACGAGGUCAACCGCGUCAGGAGCACUUUAUUUAAUUAAGGACUGGCUGCCCGCGCGCGCGACCAGACAGAUCGAUUCGGGCGGAUUACUUAUCGUAGACUAGCGUAUCUUCGUGCUAUAACCGUGGGCUCUUCACGAUCGCCCAGAUGGUAUUGAUGAAGAGCUGAGUCUUGUAUACCACGCUGACUCGCAAGUUCGCGAUGCAGCUUAUAAAGAUGAGGAUAUAUUGAAUGGAAAAGAAAUUUAGAAAAUUCUCUAAUAAUGUUACUGCAUAGGUAACACAUAAAGCAGAAUAAUUUCAUAACAGAGAGUGAAAAAGGUUUUAAGACUGCUUAACGAGAUUAAAUCAAUAAGCUUCAAUUUCGAUAUCCAUGGGAAUUGCAUCGCUUUUGAUCAUUUUCUUAGACACUAAGAAGAGACACUAGAGAGAUCAUCCUUCUUUUACAAUAUACGAAAAGUUAACUUUAUGAUAGAUUGAAGUCUCGCAAUCGAUGUGAUAAGUAUAAAAUUAUUUAUAAGAAAUUGAUAUGAAAAACGUGAGGUGUGUGUGUGUGUGCGAACAAUGAUAAUAUGAAAGUUGCAUACAUCGAUUUGAUGCUGCAAUCAGAAGCACACUAGUUGCAGAUACAUUUCAAAUCGAGUAAAAAUAAUAUUAUUGCGAUGAGAACAAUUCUUAAUACUUUUAGCCUCGAAGAAAGCGUCAGUAUGACACGGAAAUCCCUUAUUUUGGGGGUUCUAAGUAUUAUAUACGAGAUGUAUAUUAAUAUUAAAAAACUAUUGAAAUGAAUAUGCGAUAAAAUAUUCAUGCAUUUUUAUGAUGGCAUGAAGUCGAGGAACUGAUACCUUUGAAGAAUAUAUUACUUAAAGGUUGAUUUAUAGUAUUGCGCACAUGCAUUUAAUUCUUUAAUUCACAGUUUCGUCUAUAAAGACUCAAGAUUUACAUAAAUGUCAAAGAAUUUUUCAAAAAUUCGCUCUAAAAAAAUUAUGUAAAUUUUGAGAUAAUAAAUUAAGGCAUUAAAAUGAAUUGAAGAGUUAAAUUAAAACCAAUUAGUCUAUAAGGGAUGAUAAUAUUAAUGGAACAUAAUAUACUAGAAUCAUCACCGAGAGAUCGAUAAAAAAGAAAGCAAAAAUCAAGGAAAAUCAAAUUAUCUUUUUUUUUAUUCUAUAUAAUCAGAAUUGAAACAAGAUAAAAAGAUAGAUUAGAGCUCCAAAAAUCUAAAAUAUAAUUACGAAAAUCAAUUGAUUUUGUGAUGCAAACUGAAUUUACGAUAUUUCUACUCAUCAUAAACGCAGAUUUAGUGAAGGCCGAUAAUUAAGUCAUUUUUAGUACGGGUAUGUACUUGAGUGUUCAAUCGGCGAGCAGCUCAUUUUUUGUUAUGUAUACGUAUAUUUACUAAUGUGUAAAUUUUUUUAAAUGAAGAAUGCCAAAGUUUUUGCACUUGGCGUUAGUUUGUGUUGUAGAUAAUUAAUAGUUUUAUCACACAAACACCAUGUUGAUAUUACGCUUUUAAGCAAAUGACCACGGAGAAGCUUUUUGCUAAUUACACAAAAAGAAAAAGAAACAAAAAAUGAAUUAAAAAGUUCACACAAUAGAAUUUUGUAGAAUUGAAGAGUUUUGAAAGUUGUUGUUCUACAAUUGUGCACAAAUUCAAAAUUCCAUGAGGAAAUAUUUAUGCUGAUUUCAAUUUAUAUAAUUAUCACAAUUUAUACACAAUUUAUAUAUAAUUAAAAGUGUAUGGCACAAAAGCUUCUUAGUGACUGAUGUUGCUAUUUUUACGGGCCCAAAAUCAUGCUGGGUCCGCGCGCGUGCAGUGUGUAUGUUUUUUUAACGGAUCUUAAUAUACACUUCUAUAAUCAAACGACAAACGCGGCGAACAAAACGCUUUUUCAUUAAAAGCAUGAACACGAUUCGCAGAAAAGAGAUUUAUUUUUAUAACUAAUUAUAUAUUUACUUGGUUGUGCGAAUAGAUGACAAGUACGAGAUUAUCGGGAAUUGUUUGAACAUUAACAUAUUUUAACUCGGUAAUCCUGGAAGAAUAAAUACAUUAGAGAUAAUUGAAAUAUUUUAUUUAUACAGUUAAAUUUUGAAAUUUAAAGCAAAUAUUAAUUCUCAAGUUCUUUAACUUUUUCCUAAUUUUUUUUAUAUUAUGAAUAAUUUUAAUUUUACUGAAUGGCCACUUUACCUCUCCAAUCAGAUUCCUCAAAUUGUGUGAAAGUGAAAAAACUCUCAAGCAUUAAAUUAACUCUAAUUAAAUUGAUCUAAAACAAAACGCAGCACCGUGUGGAUCCAUUAUUCGCCUACAACGUGUUAAGUGAAUCAAAGUGAAAAUUAAUGUGACUAAUAGCAAUACAUAUUAGCAGAUCUUUUGUACACUUAUACUUUCCGACGAUAAUAUCUUACUGCCGUCGCUUCGCGCUAAGAUUAUUAAUAUCGCGAAGCGAGAUGAAUAUCAUAGACUUUUGUAUAAUACACAAGCAUCCAGGUUAUAUCCACGCUAGCUGCAGCAGUAAGCAUUUGCUAUAAAUAAAUUUUUUGAUAUCAAUAUUAUACGUAGACCGAUAAUACUUCAGUGUAGAUAUAUUACGCGAUCGAUUAAUUCGGCUGUGUCCUAAUUAAACGAAUGCGAUAAUUAAUGAAUAAUUUCAAGUUACUUCUGAAAAUCAAAAUAUUAAGAACAUCUCAGAUUUUAUUAUUUGAAUACCAUCUGUAAGUUGUCUUCCUUUAAUCAGGAUAUGGCUGGCAACGAUAUGUAGCGAGAUAGCAAAUAUGUACACAAGAUAUCUUACGUAUCGCGCUUCCUUUCGGCUCCAGAGAUUCUUUGAAGGAUUUCAACUGAGUCGACUUUCCUUUCUCGAGGUUGAAAGGGAGGUCUAAUUACGGCGUUAGUUAACAUUGGAAUUAAAGGAUUUUGCUGUAGCAAGCUUUAAGAGUGCACGUAGAUAAAGGAACUUUGUUUUCAGACUUCGCUCGAUGGAGAAAUAAUUUAAAGCUUAAUUAAUAAACAUAUUCUUAACUUUUAAUGUCAAAAUGGCUUUGCAAUUAAACUGUUACUCAUCUGGAUUACUUAAUAAAAUCGCGGAUAAAAGGAAGUGCGAGAAAUAGAGGAUACCGAAUAUUUGUAUAUGCACGCAUAUAGUGCAGGCUACUAAAAAGCUUGACUAUGUUUCACGCGACCCGAGAAACCGCUGCAUUGUAAAUAAUUAUACAUAUAUUUCAUUGAUUAUCUUCCUCCCGUCCUAAAAAUUCUGAAUAGCUUCUUUGCUAGCAGCGCAAAUACUUAUUCAUCGCUUUGCGUGCGUUUCCCACGUGAGUGAAAUCGCUACAACCAUGUUUGUGUAUCUGUAAAUAAAUAAAUAUAUUCGCAGUAUAAGCAUAGAUAUAUAAGCUAACGAAAAAUCAUACUUCCAAGAUUGGUAAAACUGUAAGAUAAUAGAUAACUCAAAUUUAAUCUUAAGAUAACUGGUAAUCAAUCAAUGUUAAUAUUCGUGUGUCCAGUAAUAUAAAAAUUUGUACUCGAGAAGCGGAAUUGUGGUGCAGUUAGAAUAAGAGCGAUGUACAUUGAAUGAGCAUUUACAUCCUUGUCACAUAUAUAUAUAUAUAAUGCGUUAGUCAGUCUGAUAUUUUGUCUGUCUGAGAGCAAUUUGGAUAAAACAAUCCAGCGCUAGUUCGGCAUCCGCUACUUUCAAAUUACAAUAAUUUUGCAUUAAGAUUUGAAAUAGCGAUUGUAUCGAAUCGUGCAAGGUAUUAGCAUAUUGAAGACUAUGUACUUAUAUCUCGGUUUAGAAAAUCAAAAAUAAGAAAGGAAUAUGAUCAAUAACAUUAGAAAUAUACUUUUACAACUUCAGAAAUAAAUAUGGAAUUUUGUUGAAAUUGUUUUAAAAUAUUCUGUAUUAUUUAGUAAAUGAAAAAUGUACAUAUGAAAUAUGAAUUUUAAGUAUAUUUGUCUUCAAAAUGUUAAGCAUUAAAUUUCCUCUGCUCUAUAUUUUGCAAAUGUAAAAUAAUUAUAGAAUAUAAAUAUAUGUUAAGAAUGCGAU